AAUACGUUAACGGCGGGUAUUACGAAAAUUAGUUUCGGCCUAAGUAAGGAAAUCGUCGCCCUAGGUAUAAUAAAAAUAAAGACGUACUUUAGAACGAUAACUUUCUAUAUUUUACCUAUUAAUACUCCAUUUCUCCUAUAUCUAAAAAACAUAGAUUAA